AUGGCUCAGCUCCCAGCGCGGUUUCCAUGCUGGUGCCGAGCAGUAUAUUCUUGGGGUGGAGAGACUACACGAGAUCUGGGGUUUGUGGAGGGGGACUUGAUCGAAUGCUUGAAUGCAGGCGACGGACAAUGGUGGAUGGGACGGUUGCGCCGUGACAGACGCGCGGUUGGACUAUUCCCCUCAAAUUUUGUCGAGCUUCUGAGUGAGGACUUUGUGCCCGUGAGCCGUGAUACUACUAGUCCAAUGGUACUAGCGGGAUCUUCUCCGAUCAACAAUCCCACAUCAGCCCCCAAGAAACAAAAGACCGUUUGGCGGAAACCCUUCCAGGCGCAUAAGGAAGCCGUAUCACCAGCUUCUGUUGCCCGGCGCGCAACUCAGUCUAGCCCAGCGGCACCUGCAAUUCCCCAAACACCACCUCGGGAUGGCAGCAUUCCACGAAGCUCGAAGCCAUUACGCACGCAUGCGACAGCAGUCAAGAAUCAAGGAUCGCUAUCUCGACCCCAAUCAACCUCAUCACGACCCUCGUCGCGCGGUGUCUCUCCUCGUUCUUCCGCGGAGCCUGACCGGUCACCAUCCAUGCUGCCAAGAGGAAGCGUAUCCUCUCGGCCUUCAUCCCGCGACCAAUCUCCAUUACAAUCGCAGGAGCAUUCAUAUGCGAUGACGUCGAAGGGCAGCACCUCAUCUACUCGGCCUCUGUCCGGAAAUCCAUCCCCCCUGCCUGUACGCGAGCAUUCGUCUGGUAUGGUUCCACAAGCCAGUACCUCAUCUUAUCGGAAUUCAUCUCGUGAACCAUCUCCAUUGCAAAUGCAGGAUUACCCACCACCAACCAUGCCACAUGAAAGUAUUCCUUCUUACCGGGGCUCUUCGCGUGAGCCGUCUCCAUUACAAAUGCAGGAAUAUCCACCCUCUACCAUGCCCCAUGGGACUAUCUCAUCUUAUCAAGCAUCAUCGCGUGAGCCAUCUCCAAUGUAUAUGGAGGAUCAUCCACCUCCGACGAUGCCACAUGGAAGUAUGUCUUCCUACCGGGCGCCCUCACCAUUACCUAUGCAAGAUCAUUCAUCUGCAAUGGUCCCAUACGGGCGUAUUCCAUCUUACCGGGCGCCAUCUCCGCUGCCAAUGCAGGAGCAUUCUACAAUGAUCUCACAUGAUAAUAUGUACCGGGCUCCUUCGCGUGGGCCGUCCCCAGUGUACAUGGAGGAUCGUCCACCUGCGCCCAUGCCACAUGGAAGUAUGUCUUCCUACCGAGCUCCAUCGCCAUUACCAGUGCAGGAACAUCCAGGUGCGCUGGUCUCACAAAGGAGUAUGUCAUCUUAUCGAAUUCCAUCUCGUGAGCCAUCUCCGGUGCACAUGCAUGAAGAGCGAGAAGACUCCCCCCCUCCUCCCCCUCCGCCACCACACCGAGUUGUAAUCGGUGCGAGAUCACGCUCUCCUCAACCGCCAAUGCAUUCCCAGCCACGAAGUCAUUCGCCGCUACCACCCAUGCACUCAUCCCACCAUCGUGCACACUCUCCCCAGCCGCCAAUGCAUUCUGAAACGCGGAGUCAUUCGCCGCUACCACCAGCGCACUCAUCCAGACAUCGCGCGCACUCUCCUAGCCCGCCAAACCCGCCAUCACAUCACCCAGAAUCAUCACGAUCCCCCACGCCACUAGUUAUGAAUGACCGUUACACAAUAUUCAAUCGGACCCCAUCUCCAUCUGCAGCCUCAAUGCACUCCGCUGUUUCGGCGACCUCAGCACAGUCAGACAUUCAUGGCAACACACCUUCUCCGCUCCGUGAUGCCAUGGAAGAUGUUAUGUCUUCAUUGGAAGACAUGGGUCUCCCUCGCCAAGAUCAGUCGCCUUCUCCGUCCCCAGUAUUCAACAAUCCCUGGACCCCAGAAGAAUUUGACACCUCGCAAGAAAGGACCCCGCAAGGUAACAGACGCCGGGCUUUGACGUCACUGGGCUUUGAUGGGGACAAGGAGCAACCACAUGGCGGGCUCGUUCAUCGCAACAGCGUUUAUAGUCACGAGCAGAUGGAUGGCCCACCUCAACUCAACAAUUAUGUCCAAAGAAUGGAGAGUCGCCUACGCCAGUUGGAGAAUCAGAAUCGACCGUCUGAGGACCAAAGAGCUGGUCAGGACGAUGACAACGCGCCUCCACCCCCUCCAAAACAUGCCACCUACCACCCGCGAAAUAAUUCUAUACCAGGACAAUAUGCUCCUCUCAAGGCACGGCGUUCCGGCCAUGAUCUCCGGGGUGAUAUUCUCAACCGGUCCUUUACCAAUAAGUCUAGUGCUACCAAUUCGUCUAGUGGGGUGCAAAGCAAUGGCACAUCCAUGACAACGAGCACAGACAAGACCAGCCAAAGCGUGAUGAGUGGUUUCUCUGCUGGUGGAUUUAGUGCUACGAGUGCAGGGAGCUUCGCCAGGCGCGGCGGGCAUGAGAGGCCCAACACUGCUAUGGACACUGUCCGCUCUCGAGGAUUCAGUGACGUACGCCCCGAGACGCCUUUCACCGGUGUUUCGUAUCACUCCAGUCAUAACUCGUCUCGCCAGGGUGCAUCGUCGGCUAUUCCAUGGUCGUCUACUGGUCUCGACUCGACGGAUCAUAGCGGUGUCUUUGGUGGUCUAACUACGCCAAAGAGCAAAAAGCAAGGGUUUUUCAAAAAGAUAUUUGAAACUGCCAAGACUGGUGCAGCCAGCGCAAGGAGUAGCAUUUCGGUCGGUCACGGCGACAGAUCAAAUUCUCCAACUAAGAGCAACAGAGGAAUAGACGUCGUGUCACCGGCUCUCAUGUCUCACUCGAAUCGCGAUAGUGGUCGUGAUAUGGGGCCCGGAACUGGCACAAUUGACUGGGUUCAGGUGCGCCGAGAUGUUAACCGGGCAUCGUCUCCUAGUCGAAAUGAGAGAAUCGACAGGGCAGAGCGAUGCCAGAUGAUGGACCACCCUGUUAUCUACUCAGUGGAAGAGCUAUAUGAUACCGCGGAGGGCGAUGAAAGCAUCGAUGGGCAACCGAUCACUGAGCCAACGAACUUCAACGCCGCUAAUCUUACUCUUGUUGACAAGAGUGCACGCUUCAUUAGCAGUCUACCUCCAAUGACAAAUCCAAUGAGCCUUGCCCAAGCCUAUAUCUGCCGACCCUACAAGAGCGACGUGCAGCGUCUUCGAGCCAUCUUUACCUGGGUCAGCGAGAAAAUAGCGUGGGAGGAACCUGUUGACGGCAUUGAAGUUGACAUGAAGAGGCUUCUGCAGGCCAAACGAGGUACCCCAGAGGAAAUUGCACUUUUGGUUCAUGAGAUGUGUGCAGCCGUUGGCCUGCAUACAGAAAUCAUACGAGGAUUCCUCAAGAGCCCCGGUGAUGUCCUCGACCUGGAAAGCCUCUCCCAUCCCAAUCACUGGUGGAACUCUGUUCUCGUCGAUGGCGAAUGGCGAUUUAUGGAUUGCGCACUUGCAAACCCCACGAACCCUCAGCGCAGUAAAUUUGUUUCCAACAACUCUUCUGUAGCAGAGAGCUGGUACUUCCUUACGCGCCCGCUUGAUCUCUGCUACACCCAUGUCCCUCUUUAUCCAGAGGAACAGCACAUCUGCCCACCGAUUUCACCAGACGUUCUACUCUCCCUGCCAACCGUGUGCCCGCCAUUCUUCAAGCUUAACGUCCAGCUACCAGAUUACGACACAAGUUUAAUCCGUAUCGACGGACUGGAGGUCAUGCAACUACGCAUGGUAGUCCCACCAGACGUUGAAUUUGCUGCGGAAGUCGAAGCUCCAGGAUUUGCCCGUGACGCAGAUGGCGACAUCUUUGAAAGCGGAGACAUUGUGCGCAAGCGCGCCUUGGUCCAGCCGGAUUGGAUCAGAGGCCAGAAGCGCAUCACAAUCAAGGCUGUACUGCCAGGCGACGAAGGCCAGGGUGUCUUGAGGGUCUACGCAGGCAAGAAAGGGUUGAUGCACUCAAGCCGAGACAUCCCUCACCCCUUAGCCCUAGCUCUGCCAAUUCUCCAUACCGGAGAGAACCCAUCUUACGACUUUGUCCUGCGGCAUCCUACACCCCACGCCCAGCGACACGACUUGUACAUUAUGCAGCCGCAGUGCUCUCGUCUGGCAGUUAACAAUACCUUUGUCUUCUCUGUCCGACAACACCCUGCUGCCCCUGCAUCCGCCAAAGACGAGACCUCCAAUGGUCGCGGCUCGCCGGUUUCUGUCUUCACUCGUCCAUCCAGUGCAUUGAGCAUGGUGUCCAGCACAGCGGGCGGGUCGAUUGUAUCAGGCGCUUCCAAUGAAUUCUCAGCAUCGACAUCGGCUAUUUCAUCCACUAGAUCUGCUUCUGGACGGGACAAGGCAGCCAAAUUAGCUAUCCAGUCCCCGUCCGGCAAGAUCCUUCGUCUCACUCGAAAGGCAGAACACAUGAUUAGCAACGAUACUAGCGCCGAAUCUGUCACCGAUGCCGUCGCUGAGGGAAGUGUUUGGGAGACGGUUAUUAAAAUCGGUGAGCGUGGUAUGUGGCGCGGUCUUGUGUUGGCUGACCGUGCUGCGCGCUGGUGUGUAUUCUGCGAGUGGGAUUGUGUUUGA